CUGUGGCUGGCGCUCUCGAUAUCUUAUACUCCUUGAUAUCCAUCCGUUCAAAUCGAUUUGGAGGCUUCGUUGUGCCUUAUCAGACUGUACGGGGCCGAAAUUACCGGCCCACUUUGGAUUGCCCGAACGCGGGGUCACGACGAGACAUUUACUUCUUCCCCGGCUUACGUCUGCAUUUGAACGGGACAUCAUGGCGUUGCCAAAGAGAAUCAUAAAGGAAACUGAGCGCCUUAUGGCGGAGCCGGUUCCCGGUAUCAACGCCGUGCCUCAUGAAGAGAACCUGCGAUACUUCGAUGUAUCAAUCCACGGGCCGGCGCAGUCUCCCUAUGAAGGGGGGAUCUUUCGUCUGGAGCUCUUCUUGCCGGAAGACUAUCCCAUGACUCCGCCCAAGAUCCGUUUCCUGACCAAGAUCUACCACCCCAACAUCGAUCGUCUUGGACGUAUCUGCUUGGAUGUGUUAAAGAAUAACUGGUCGCCUGCCUUGCAAAUUCGAACGAUCCUGCUUUCCAUCCAGGCUUUGCUGGGUGCGCCGAAUCCCGAUGACCCGCUUGCUAACGACGUUGCUCAACGGUGGAAGGAGGAUGAGCCUGCAGCGAUCCAGACUGCCAAGGAAUGGACGCGGACCCAUGCGAUGACCUAAACGAAGAUGGACAGAGCCAUGACGUUCGUCUUGAAUGAUGAUAAGAUUGUGAGCGAACACGCUGUGAUGUGACCAUGAAGUAACACUGAAUAUUCGGCGGCUACGAGCAUUGCGGCUUUUGCCAUUUUGGAUCGCCUUCCUGACACUUGGGGACCAAUCUAUAACGUUUAUGCGAAAGAAGAUAUGCUUUCAAGCUUCGAUCCUAAAUACUUCAGAGCUGUUCGGCCUGCUUUGUUACCCCUUUGGCUCAAGGGCGCGGAAGGACAAUUGCUCGUCUUGCAGCCAGUCCUAUAUGUAUAACCCCCCGCGACGUGAUGCUACGGUUCGAGAUUUCAAUAGACACAUUUUCUAUAGAA